CAGUCGAUGGUUUGGCUUAGUGGUCAGUAGACUCAGUACUAAGCUGUGACGACGUCGUUUUAGUGGAAUGCCAAAAAGAAGGGGUUGUAGGGUUCAAGGGAGUUGUCCAUUUUCCGGUUUUCUCAUUUUUCUUCUCUGAAUCCUCCAGGCAUUGAGAUGGCUGGGGUUUGCAGAUCAGCGGUAAUGGCUGGCACAAAGUCUCUGGCUUCUCGAUCCAAAGCCCUAAUCCCCAAAACCCUUUCUUCAAAGCCAUUGGCUUCUCCAUUUUCUUCUUCCACAAGACCCAUGCCCUGCGCUUCCAGGAUCCUUUCGGCGUUAGGAAGUGUGGAAUCUCUGAUGCCGCUUCACAGCGCCGUUGCUUCUGCUCGCCUCAAAUCCUUCAUUGCCGUUGAUUCCACCUCCUGGAGCUGGCUUUCCCAAGGUUUCUUUCCUCUCCUCUUCAAAUUUUAUUUCUUGUCAUAUCGACGAUGUUGAACUCUUCUUCAGUUUUUCAGUUUUCCGUGCUUCUGAAUUUCUUUUUGCCCUUUUCCUUUUUUAUAAGAUGAUUUCUGUCAAGAUAUUUGGUUACUCAAAUGAAUCAUUAGGUUUAGGGCCCUAUGUUUAGCAAAUCAAUGGAUUUAGAAUUCAAUCUUGUAGCAAUAAAGUAUUGAUAGAUGCCUCUUCUGACAUGAUAUUCUACUUGCUGUUAUAGGACGUGCAUUGCCUUUGUGACAAGGCCCGCAGGAUCUAUAGGGAAGAUAUUUGAAUGGGUUUUUUUACCAAAAAAAUGUCCUUCAAGUCACGAAGUUUGUACUUGGAAUCUGCAGCUUAAUUGACUGAGUUACUUGUUGCUAUUGUUACCUUUUCCUUGAACAAUUUGGUUUUGUGCUCAAGAAAUUUCCUUGGCCUGCCUUUUUGGCUUCUAAAUUAGUGUUUUGUAGACAAUGCAUGAAAGAAAAUGGCAAAAUGCUUUCUCAUUGUAAUAAAUAUGCUUCAUGCUAA